AGGAACGGUGCACUCGACAAUUGAGCCCCGCGAUUGUCUUGCGCGAGGCGCGUACAGACCCUGAGCAAAAUCUAACGAACCAUGCAACAGUCGUUCGAAGUAAGCGGGAGAUGGCGUGGUUCAGACCCAGAUGUCAUCCCAGGUUGCACAAAAGUAGUUAAAACUUCUUAUCGAACUUGAGAGCGCAAUUUGCCAGCGUUACCACAUAGAGAUCGCCCGCUAUUGACCGCACUUUGGGCUUGUCGCGUACUGCUCCUCUCUAGUCGGUACUUAAACAGCGGUGAAGACGCCUCUCUCCCUCUAUAACCCUGCCAACAAAUCUCUCCUCUGCUCCCCUCACUCACACCCAAGCACCACCCAUACCACCGCAACCAUGGCCAACCGCCCCUCCAACAUCGGUAUCAAAGCCAUUGAGCUGUACUUCCCCAGCGUGUGCGUCGACCAGUCCGAGCUCGAGAAGUUCGAUGGCGUCUCCCAGGGCAAGUACACAAUUGGCCUCGGCCAGACAAAGAUGUCGUUCUGUGACGAUCGCGAAGAUAUCUACUCGCUCGCUCUGACGACCGUCACCUCGCUAUUCAAAAAGCACAACGUGGACCCCAAGUCCAUUGGCCGCCUCGAGGUCGGUACUGAGACGCUCCUCGACAAAUCCAAGUCGGUCAAGUCGGUCCUGAUGCAGCUCUUCGACGAGUGCGGCAACUACAACGUCGAGGGUGUCGACACGGUAAACGCGUGCUACGGCGGAACCAACGCCCUGUUCAACAGCGUCAACUGGAUCGAGUCGUCGGCAUGGGACGGCCGUGACGCCGUUGUUGUGGCAGGCGACAUUGCCCUGUACAAGAAGGGCAAUGCCCGUCCCACCGGUGGAGCUGGUUGUGUGGCCAUGCUUAUUGGCCCCAAUGCCCCCAUCGUUAUGGAUGCUGGCCUGCGCGGCUCGUACGUCAGGCACGCAUACGACUUCUACAAGCCCGAUCUGACGAGCGAGUACCCCAUCGUCGACGGUCAUUUCUCCAUCAAGUGCUACACCGAGGCUGUGGAUGCCUGCUACAAGGCAUACAACGCGCGGGAACAGACCUUGAAGUCUCAGCAGAACGGAAACGGCAGCUCUCAGGAGUAUGAGACUCCCCUGGACCGCUUCGACUACAUGGCCUUCCACGCGCCUACAUGUAAACUCGUGUCGAAGUCGUAUGCGCGUAUGCUCUACAAUGACUACCUCACAAACCCAUCCAACCCAAUCUUCGCCGAGGUUCCCGCCGAACUCAGAGAUCUUGAUUACGCCGCCUCCAUCUCCGACAAACAGGUCGAGAAAACAUUCAUGGGUCUGGCAAAGAAGCGGUUCGCGUCCCGCGUUCAGCCUAGCAUCGAAGUUCCUACUCAGUGCGGUAACAUGUACUGCGGGAGUGUCUACGGCAGCCUGGUCAGUUUGAUCGCCAACAUCGACGACAAGACGAUGCAGGGUAAGCGUAUCGGUCUCUUCAGCUACGGAAGUGGUCUCGCUUCCUCCCUGUUCUCCUUCAAGGUCCAGGGCAGCAUCGAGAAUAUUGCGAAGAAGCUGGAUCUCCAUGCACGAUUGGACUCGAGGCGCGUGGUCGCCCCUGAGGUCUACGAUGAGAUGUGCAACCUCCGCGAGAAGGCCCAUCUUCAAAAGGACUACACCCCCUCUGGCAGCACCGACGGUCUGUUCCCCGGUACUUACUACCUCACUGGCAUCGACGGAAUGUUCCGUCGUACAUACGAGAUCAAGCAGUAAAUAUACCUGCCGAAGAGCACACUCGGGCCGCUUUUGGCAUCUUUUCUUCGCUGCAUUUGAGCAUGUCCUGGAGUCGUUUUCAACAUUUGACAUAGACUCUAGAUGUAUUGCGUACUUUUCACAUCGGCGUUCGAAUCUAUUUAUGCAGCGCAAUGGGACAGGCAGGACGGAAGGGUGCGGUAUCGGAGCAGCUUUAUGACCGAUACGAGGCACGAAACUACAAUGAUCAGGGUCUAUUCUUAUGACGGUCAAUACCCUGCUGGCAGCCUUAAUACACGCUUCACAUCUGAAGCAUAUAUGGAUAGAAUAAUCAUAUAUAUAGUUCAACACAUCUCAUCGACGCAGCCGCAGGUUCUUCGGAUAUACUUGGUGGUGUCA